CUAUUUGUAUUUUGAAUUAGUGUUGUUGGUCAUUUUGCCAAUCCGCUUUUAUUGCAAUCCAUUCAACUCCGCCUUCUCUUACUGUACCUGUGCGAUGCGCGCGGAGUCUGUGGCGAGAGAUCAGGCAGAACUCAGUCGCGCUCUGCUACUGACGAUACCGGAGCAACUGCUAUAAACUGCCUUUAAAGUUAGACGUAACAUUACAAAUCUAUCACCCUUUGAUAUCAAUAUACACAGAGUCGGUCAGUGUUGCUUCACUGAGGUAGAUUCAAUGGUUUUGUUUUCUUUCGGCAUCGUGGUAAGUUUUCGCACGCUGACUAAAACGCGUAUGGGUAGUUUAAUACUGUUGGGAAAAAGGAUGCUAAACAUUGGGAAGUUGUGGAUAUAAACGAGAGGAAUCUUGUACAACGCUCAUCGGUACUAUCCUAUGGCUUGAAGUUUCAGGCAUCUUCUCCGCCCACACAGCUAAUGGAUUUCCUCACGGGGUAUCCCUACAAUGACUCCUAUUUUGACAACGGGACGGGGAUCCUCAACAGCACGAGCUGUGAGGCCAAGCAUCAGUAUAACUACUAUGCCAUGCUCCUGACUCUCCUCAUCUUCGUCAUUGUGUUCGGCAAUGUGUUGGUCUGUAUGGCCGUGUCCCGAGAGAAAGCGCUCCAGACCACCACUAAUUAUCUCAUUGUCAGCCUGGCGGUGGCGGAUCUUCUCGUGGCCACAUUAGUCAUGCCCUGGGUAGUUUAUCUUGAGGUGGUGGGUGAGUGGCGCUUUAGCAAAAUCCAUUGUGACAUCUUUGUCACUUUGGAUGUCAUGAUGUGCACAGCCAGCAUUCUUAAUCUGUGUGCCAUCAGUAUUGACAGGUACACAGCUGUUGCCAUGCCGAUGUUGUACAACACGCGCUACAGCUCCAAAAGACGAGUUACUGUAAUGAUCUCGGUGGUGUGGGUGCUUUCUUUCGCUAUUUCCUGUCCCCUGCUGUUUGGCUUAAAUAACACAGCUACACGUGACGAAACCGUGUGCGAGAUCGCCAACCCCGCUUUUGUCGUGUACUCUUCCAUCAUGUCUUUCUACGUGCCCUUCAUCAUCACGCUCCUGGUCUACGUACAGAUCUACGUUGUUCUUCGCAAGCGUCGUAAACGGGUCAACACUAAACGCAGCUGCCAGAAGACAGACGCAGAGGCUCAUCCCUCUCUCAAGGAGAAAUGCACUCAUCCCGAAGAUGUGAAAUUGUGCACAGUUAUCAUGAAGACCAAUGGGGGUUUACCUGCAAAAAACAAGAAAGCCGAGGUAUUUCACCAGGGUGGCGAUGUGGGGGUGGACAUUGUGACGAGCACCAGUCCUCCAGAGAAAAAGAAGCUGCAAUCCACUUUGGUGGUCGACCUGCUUGCCAACCCGAGCCCCAGCCAUGCCUCGCCCCCCCACGGCGAAUGUCAGCCAUAUGGAGAGGAGAAAAACGGGCAUGCCAAGGAGGUCCAAACCCCAAAAGAAUUAAAGCCUGUUGAAACGGAGGCACUGCCCAAUGGCAAAACCCGAACCGCGUUGACACCCAAAACAAUGAGCAAGAGGAAGAUGUCCCAGCAUAAAGAAAAGAAGGCCACACAGAUGCUGGCUAUUGUUCUGGGUGUUUUCAUUAUUUGCUGGCUGCCGUUUUUUAUUACUCAUAUUUUGAAGACUCACUGCCCAAGCUGCGUGGUGCCGCUGGAGAUGUACAACGCCUUCACUUGGCUUGGAUAUGUGAACAGCGCAGUCAACCCCAUCAUAUAUACCACGUUUAAUGUGGAGUUCAGAAAGGCUUUCAUAAAGAUAUUGCACUGCUGAGGACAUCAUUCACUGCACGAAUAGAGGAGAUGGCGGAUAUCCAUACAGAGGAGGUUAGUGCCGUCAUUCAGCGAUGUGUGAAAUGAAGGAUUCACGGAGCCGCCCGCGCUUUUUGGACCGAAGAACUUAUUAAAGAAAUUGGAGCUUUCAGUGCAGGUUCAAAUGAAUGUAAAAGUAGAGAUUUAUUUGUACGUUUCCAUCAUUUCAGUCUCCGAACCCCCUCAAGCUAGGCUGGGAAGGGAGUGAAGUGUGCUGGAUGUGUGAAUGUAUGUGUAUUCUCCCUGGAGUUUAUGUGCUUAACUGUACGAUGAAGGAAUCGCUGCAAGAAAUGAGAUCUUCAAGGUAAAUGAAUGACUCCAAAAUGAUCAGUAUUUAAUCUAUUUAUUUCUUUAUGAAGGAAGAAAUGAAUAAAGGUAAAGAGGGUGAAUAUACUAUUUACAAAACAUGAAAUGAAUGCCUAUGCCGACAAUGAAGGACAAUGUAAAUAAGAAUUACUUUUAUCAAAGCCCAUGACAAAAAUGAUCAUGCAUGUUAUAUUGGUACGUCAAAUUAAACCGCAGCCAACGUAUGUCUUCUGUAUUUUUGUGUACGUCAGGGUACGCAAAACUAUCUGCGCUUUAUAUAAAGUUGUGUCUGUGUAUCUUUGUCUGAUGCUCUAGUGUCUUUACUGAAAUAGGUGUUUGAUUUAACAUGUGACAGUUCAUAUUUGUGGCUGGCAAAAAAUAAAGCACAACUCGCUUGUGGAAAAAAGCUUUAUCUCUUAUGAUGAAAGGGGUGAUUAGUUUUAAAAAGGCCAUUGAUAUUCAAUGGGUUUCACUGGAGUGUCUUAUCAUGGGCUAACGGUCAACAUCUAUAUUGCAGAGUAAAGGUUACAACUGCACUUCAAUUUUUGUGUACCUUAAGUAGAGAAAUCAAUUAUUAAUUCGUAAAGUUAAAGUAACAUAAAGAUAUAUGUUGAUUUGACAUACUUCAACACCACUUUGUUUUGCUUUAUCUAAAUGUAGUCUUCAGAAAAAACAGGAUCUAUGGUUUACGAACAUAGAUAUAAAUCAUUUCGGAUUUAAAGGUGCAGUUUGUAGAUUUUAGUGACAUCUAGAGGUGAGGUUGCGAAUUGCAAAGCACACUGAGAAGCUUUGAUAGCCAUCACAGGACAAACAUAUCUUUGUCUGAGACAACAGUGACAAAACAUGAUCUGUAGAGCAAAUAUCCAUUUAGGGCUAAUGUAGAAACAUGCAGUUCAAAAUGGCGGCUUCCAUGUAAUGGCGGCUCCCCCCGGAGUCUAUGUAGAUAAAAAUUUGUAAUUUUAAGGUAAUAAAAAAAAUACAGGUCAUUAUGUAAGGUCUUUAUACACCAUUUAAAAUAUAGUUAUGUACUGUAGUGUUGGGCGAUGUGCCCUAUUGUGAGAUCGUCCUAUCGUCAGCCUUAGAUCGCCAAAGAGUUUUUUUUUACCUUAAAAUAACAUUCCAAAAAAGUUUCAGUCGUUCAUCUACUCGAAACAGGGUGAACGGCACUUUCACAUUCGCUUUCCAGCCCUCUAUUGGCCAAAACCGCACUAUAGAAGUUUCAACCUUCGGGUCGCUGUCUUGUUGUUCGAGUGAAAACUACAAAAACUUGCUUUAUGGCAGACCUACAAUCCAAUCAGAGCCAGUUUUGCUGCAGUAGGGUAAAUUAUUUACGACGGUGGUAAUGGACAAUUCAGCUUCCAACCUGUAGGGGGAGCAAAGAGCAAAAAGUCUUUAGUGUUGCUUUAAAACGGAACUCUUCAGAUCCGAGCAAGAGUCGAAGACGCGCACAUUAAGUCCAGGUGUGUAUGAGAAGGAAUCCACACACUUUACAAGCUCUCUCGCGCAAAGGGUAGCCCACAAACCCUCUCAUGUGAGGAAAAGCACGCAAUGUGCAUGUUAAUGUAAAACUAUGAUGAUAAUAAUAAUAACUAUCGCCAACUAUUAUCAUGACAGCCCACUAUCGACCAUAUGUCUGACGAUCGUCAAUACGCAAUAGUGACGUCUAUCGGCACAACCCUGUCAAGAGAUCCUUCUAAAAAGUGUAUUUUAUGAUCAAACUUUUUCUUUUCCAGCAUGCAGAGACUACACUGUAAAAAAUACUCUGCAUUUUUUUCAAAUCAACAUAUAUUUUCAUGUUUCUUUAACUCGAAAAAUUAAGUUAAACAAUUUCAACUUGAUUUUAUAAGUUAUGUCAACUUUUCACAAGCCAAAACUAAAAAAAGUAGAUUGAAUUGACUUUUUUUACAGUGUACUUUAAGCCAUGGUUCAUUAUAGUUAAUACUGUGGCGUUAUCAAAACAUUGCUUUAAUUUGUACAAAUAUUCCUACCAGCUCGACAAAUCUCAACCAAUGGCAUGCAAUUGGGGCGCGACUAUCUGAUUUUCUGACUAAUUGCAGGUGGAGGAAAUGUUUGUCUUUAUUAUUUUCAGUUCUGUUUGUUGAUGCUUAUUAUUUGGUAUAAACCCCAUUUUCAGAAAAGUGGGGACAGCUCAUUUUUUUAAUAAAAUCAGAAAGAUUUGCAAAUCUCGUAAGCCUGUAUAUUAUUUACAAUAAAACAUAUAAAACAUAAAAUGUUUAGAAAAUGUACCAUUUUAAAGAGAGAAAUGUGGUAAAUUUAAAUGUGAUGGCUGCAACACAUCUCUAGAAAGUUGGGAAAGGUGCAACAAAAGGCUGGGAAUGUUUUAUUUAAAAUAAAACAGCUAGUGGACCAUUUUUUAACUAUUAAGCUCAGUGGAUCUGAACUGAGAUAGUGCCAUGGGGGCCCAGUUUCAUAACAAUUUAUUAUUUAUCAUACAUUAUAUGUAAUAACCAACAGCACUACAUUGUUUCAUUUAAUAUGUUUUUAAUUCAAAUUCUAAGUUUGAGAUGAAUUUUCCUUUGGGGGGGACGUGAAGGGAUGGACCUUACACAAGAUAUGGAGGGAAACUACUGACUUAAUUGGCAACCGGUCAAUAACAUGACUAGAAGCUGAGUUUCUCAGAAUUAAAAAUGAGCAGAUGUUCACCAGUCUGCCAAAAACUUCAGUCCUCAAGGUAAAAUCGCAAUGAUGAUGAAUAUCUCAUCAUCUGCUGUGCAUAAUAUCAUCAGCAUAUUCAGAAAAUAUGGAGAAACCCAAGUGUGCAAGGAACAAGGGAAGAUCAGUAUUGGAUGCCGUGAUCUUUGGGCCAUUAGGUGGCACUACAUUAAAAACAGGCAUGAUUCUGUCAUGAAACCAGAAACCAGCCAUUGGUCUCCUCAGUUACAUACAAUAGUAGUAAACGUGGGCCUAUCCCAACUUUUUUGAGAUGUGUGGUUGCCGUACUGUACCUGUCAACAACUGGAUACCAAAUCAAUAUCGAUAUUAGUCCGGUAUUGGCGGGAAUGUCCGGAUCAAAUAUUGUAGAAGUGUACAAUCCGAUCCAAUACCAACACAGACCUUGUCAUGGCAACUUGGGGUAAAGCCUACCCAGUCUCACAACGCAGAAAUUCGUGAUAAUAUCACGAAAAAACAAUCAAAAAUUACGUGACUAUAAAAAAAAAAAUCGUAAGACUGGGAUGGGUAAAGCGUUACUUCCUGAGCAACAUGAAUUUGCACAAAGUUGCGCUUUAAAUUGUCCAAAGUUACAUCUUUUUUUUAUACAUUUUUUGUGCUGACUAACUACAAAUGUUGCUACUAGUCUGUUUGAAACAAUUUAAAUAAAAAUGAAAAAUGAGUCUUGAAUUUGCAAAGUCAAAAUGUUUUUGUACGGCUAACAAAUGAGUUAUUUGCAGAGAUGGAGAUGGUAAUGGGUCGGCCCAGCCAUAGUUUCUUUAUCAAUUCAUGUUUCUUUUUCAUUUGUAUUAUAUUUCUUUUUUUAUUUGUACUAUUUUCUAAGUAGCACACUCUUUGCCGUGUUUUUGUGUGCACGUUUUGUAUAGUUGAUAUAGAUAUCAACAGCGCAACUGAGUAGGUUGCCAGGUUGAGGUCACAAAUGGGUUCACAUUGUAUUGUGUGUCUAUUGUGUGAGUAGGGUGUGUUCAUAUAGGAUCUGGCAACUGAACAAACCUUGGAAUAAUGUCUUAACGUGCUUAUUUAUAUAACAAGGUAGGGCCGUAAAAAUUACGGGAGAAAUAACAAAACGGGAGGGGGCGGGAGAUUGUGAAAUAAAGAAGACUCCUGGGAGAAAGAUAUGGUUGUUGCCAUCAAAUUUAAAAUUACAUUAUUUUGUUUCAUAAAUUGGCACAUUCCUCAGUUGAAACAUUUGAUAUGAUUCAGUAACUGAAGAUAAAAACAUAUCAAAUGUUUCAACUGAGGAAUGUGAAUAAAAUAUGGGUUUAUUAUGUAGGGCUGGGAAAAGAUUAAUCGCGAUUAAUCGCAUACAAAAUAAAAGUGAUUUUUGGCAUAAUAUAUGAGUGUGUGCUGUGUGUAAAUAUUAUGUACAUAUAAAUACACGCACAUUCAUGUAUGCAUUUAAGAAACAUUUACAUGUGUAUA